AUGAAUGCAUGUUAACUUGACACCACAGAAAAAAUUGUUUAGUUUACGAUUAGAAUGAUUGUCCUUUCCUUAGCAUUGUUAUCAACUUUAUUUGUUGGAAUCACUUGUUUAAAAAGUAAUAAAUAUAAAUAUUGGGUAUUCAAAUUACUUUUUGUAUAAUCAUUUGCUGAAUCUAUUGAUUUAAUUGGAGCAAUCUCUCUAUCAUUUUAAAGCUAAUGUUAUGAAAACUUAUGUAAAAUAAUUGGCUACAUUAUGCAUUCAUGUUGGCUUACGUCAUUUACUUGCUUGUUACUUUUAUUUUAUUUAUAUUAUUCUGCUCUUCAUGUAAGUAAUUAUUAUUAUCAAUUAGAUUAAUUCCAAAUACUAAAUUAUAACUAAUAACAUAAACAAAUUUAUCAUUGUUUCUAUUAUUUGGCCUUAUUUAUGGCUCUUAUAUCCAUUAUUAAGUAAUUACAUUGGUCCUACAGGAUGGGAUCUUUAUUAUUCAAAAGAAAUAUUCUAUCUCUUUUGUGGAUUUAAAGUAUAUUAUUCUUAAAAUUUUAGAAAAAUAAAAUUAUUUUCCUCAUCUUUUGGUCAAUACCUUUAUGGGUAAUACUUUCCUUAGUUUUAUUGUUAAGAAUCAAAGUAUCCUUUUAUAAAUUCAAUAGAUUAGAUCUCGAAUUAAAAAUCUAAUUUUUGAAGAAUAAAUAAGCACAGUUGAAUUAGAUAUUAUUAAAAAAGUAGCUAGUUUUUCAUCUAUUUAUAUAUUCUUUUGGUUGACAAAUUAGGUAGUGAAGUAAAUUUAUAUUUACAAUUUAGAUAUGUACAAUUACUUUAUUCGGGAUAUAUUGAAAAUAUCGUUCUUUAUAUGAUAUAUGUAAUUAUUUACUUACUUUUUGAAAUCCAUCUUGUCAUAAUUGCAAUCCUUUUUUAUAGAAAUUAUAAGUAAAUAUUGAAUCUAUGUCACUUAGUAAAGUUAUCGAUAUAUAAGCUAUUUGGUCAUUUAAGAAGUCUAAGAAUUUGUAGAAUUAGUAUCUAGAGUAAUUAUUUUGA